UGGGCAGAAAUGGAUCUGGAAAAAGCAACUUUUUUUAUGCAAUUCAGUUUGUUCUCAGUGAUGAAUUUAGUCAUCUCCGCCCAGAGCAGCGAUUGGCUUUGUUGCAUGAGGGUACAGGUCCUCGUGUUAUUUCUGCUUUUGUGGAAAUCAUUUUUGAUAAUUCAGACAACCGGUUACCAAUUGAUAAAGAGGAAGUUUCACUUCGAAGAGUUAUUGGUGCCAAAAAAGACCAAUAUUUCCUAGAUAAGAAGAUGGUCACGAAAAAUGAUGUCAUGAAUCUUCUUGAAAGUGCUGGGUUUUCUCGAAGUAAUCCCUAUUACAUUGUUAAACAAGGAAAGAUCAACCAAAUGGCAACAGCACCAGACUCUCAGAGAUUAAAGCUGCUCAGAGAAGUAGCUGGUACUAGGGUAUAUGAUGAACGCAAAGAAGAAAGCAUUUCUCUAAUGAAGGAAACAGAGGGCAAACGGGAAAAAAUCAACGAGCUGUUAAAAUACAUUGAAGAGCGGUUGCACACUCUGGAGGAGGAGAAAGAAGAGCUGGCCCAGUAUCAGAAGUGGGAUAAGAUGAGGCGUGCCCUGGAGUACACCAUCUACAACCAGGAGCUCAACGAGACUCGGGCCAAGCUUGACGAGCUUUCUGCUAAGCGAGAAACAAGUGGAGAGAAAUCUAGACAAUUAAGAGAUGCCCAACAGGAUGCGAGAGAUAAAAUGGAGGAUAUUGAGCGCCAGGUUAGAGAACUGAAAACAAAAAUUUCAGCAAUGAAAGAAGAAAAAGAGCAGCUUAGUGCUGAAAGACAAGAACAGAUUAAGCAAAGGACCAAGUUGGAACUUAAAGCCAAGGAUUUACAAGAUGAGCUAGCAGGCAAUAGUGAACAGCGGAAACGUUUAUUAAAAGAGAGGCAGAAGCUGCUUGAAAAAAUAGAAGAAAAGCAGAAAGAACUGGCAGAGACAGAACCUAAAUUCAACAGUGUGAAAGAAAAAGAAGAGCGAGGAAUUGCUAGAUUGGCUCAAGCUACCCAGGAAAGAACUGACCUUUAUGCAAAGCAGGGUAGGGGAAGCCAGUUUACAUCAAAAGAAGAGAGAGACAAGUGGAUUAAAAAGGAGCUGAAGUCUUUAGAUCAGGCUAUUAAUGACAAAAAAAGACAGAUUGCUGCUAUCCAUAAGGAUUUGGAGGAUACAGAGGCAAAUAAAGAGAAAAAUCUGGAGCAAUAUAAUAAACUGGAUCAGGAUCUCAAUGAAGUCAAAGCUCGAGUUGAAGAACUGGACAGAAAAUACUAUGAAGUAAAAAAUAAGAAAGAUGAACUACAAAGUGAAAGGAAUUACUUAUGGAGAGAAGAGAAUGCAGAGCAACAGGCACUCGCUGCUAAAAGAGAAGACCUGGAGAAGAAGCAGCAACUUCUUAGAGCGGCAACAGGGAAGGCCAUUUUAAAUGGAAUAGACAGCAUAAACAAAGUGCUAGAUCAUUUUCGUCGAAAAGGAAUAAACCAACAUGUUCAAAAUGGCUACCAUGGCAUUGUAAUGAAUAAUUUUGAGUGUGAGCCAGCUUUCUAUACUUGUGUGGAGGUCACUGCUGGUAACAGGUUAUUUUAUCACAUUGUUGAUUCAGAUGAAGUCAGCACAAAGAUUUUAAUGGAGUUCAAUAAAAUGAAUCUUCCUGGAGAGGUGACUUUUCUGCCUCUUAACAAGUUAGAUGUGAGAGAUACCGCCUAUCCUGAAACCAACGAUGCUAUUCCUAUGAUCAGUAAACUGAGGUACAAUCCCAGGUUUGACAAAGCUUUCAAACAUGUGUUUGGGAAGACACUCAUCUGUCGGAGCAUGGAAGUUUCUACUCAGCUAGCUCGUGCUUUCACUAUGGAUUGUAUUACUUUGGAAGGUGACCAAGUCAGCCAUCGAGGUGCUCUGACUGGAGGCUACUAUGACACGAGAAAGUCUCGACUUGAGUUACAGAAAGACGUUAGAAAAGCAGAAGAGGAGCUGGGUGAGCUUGAAGCAAAGCUCAAUGAAAACCUGCGCAGAAACAUUGAAAGGAUUAAUAAUGAAAUUGAUCAGUUGAUGAACCAAAUGCAGCAGAUAGAGACUCAGCAAAGAAAAUUUAAAGCAUCAAGAGAUAGCAUAUUAUCAGAGAUGAAGAUGCUAAAAGAGAAGAGGCAGCAGUCAGAGAAGACCUUCAUGCCAAAGCAACGUAGCUUACAAAGCUUGGAGGCAAGUCUGCAUGCUAUGGAGUCUACCAGAGAAUCGCUGAAAGCAGAACUAGGAACUGAUUUGCUUUCUCAACUCAGUCUAGAAGAUCAGAAAAGAGUAGACGCACUGAACGAUGAAAUCCGUCAACUUCAGCAGGAAAACAGACAACUGCUAAAUGAAAGAAUUAAACUAGAAGGUAUUAUUACUCGAGUAGAGACUUACUUGAAUGAGAAUCUGAGGAAACGCUUGGACCAAGUAGAACAGGAACUUAAUGAACUGAGAGAGACAGAAGGUGGUACUGUUCUUACUGCCACAACAUCAGAACUUGAAGCUAUAAAUAAAAGAGUAAAAGAUACUAUGGCCAGAUCAGAAGAUUUGGAUAAUUCCAUUGACAAAACAGAAGCUGGAAUUAAAGAGCUCCAGAAGAGUAUGGAGCGCUGGAAAAAUAUGGAGAAAGAGCACAUGGAUGCCAUAAAUCAUGACACCAAAGAGCUGGAGAAGAUGACCAACCGACAGGGCAUGCUGCUGAAGAAGAAGGAAGAGUGCAUGAAGAAAAUCCGGGAGUUGGGGUCCCUUCCUCAGGAAGCCUUUGAAAAGUACCAGACACUGAGCCUGAAGCAGUUGUUUCGAAAACUUGAGCAGUGCAACACAGAAUUGAAGAAGUACAGUCACGUUAACAAAAAAGCUUUAGAUCAGUUUGUGAAUUUCUCUGAGCAGAAAGAAAAGUUGAUAAAGCGACAAGAGGAAUUGGAUAGGGGCUACAAAUCAAUCAUGGAAUUAAUGAACGUGCUUGAACUUCGAAAAUAUGAAGCUAUUCAGUUAACUUUCAAACAGGUAUCUAAGAACUUCAGUGAAGUAUUCCAGAAGUUAGUACCUGGUGGCAAAGCAACUUUGGUGAUGAAGAAAGGAGAUGUGGAGGGCAGCCAGUCUCAAGAUGAAGGAGAAGGGAGUGGCGAAAGUGAGAGGGGCUCUGGGUCACAGAGCAGUGUCCCAUCAGUUGACCAGUUCACAGGAGUUGGAAUCAGGGUGUCAUUUACAGGAAAGCAAGGUGAAAUGAGAGAAAUGCAACAGCUCUCAGGCGGACAGAAAUCUCUGGUGGCCCUUGCUCUGAUUUUUGCCAUUCAGAAAUGUGACCCUGCUCCCUUUUACUUGUUUGAUGAGAUUGACCAAGCAUUGGAUGCUCAGCACAGAAAAGCUGUGUCAGAUAUGAUCAUGGAACUAGCUGUGCAUGCCCAGUUUAUUACUACUACUUUUAGGCCUGAACUACUUGAGUCAGCCGACAAAUUCUAUGGUGUAAAGUUCAGAAAUAAGGUUAGUCAUAUUGACGUGAUCACAGCAGAGAUGGCCAAAGAUUUUGUAGAAGAUGAUACCACACAUGGUUAAUUGAAAGAUACUGCCUGCUGCCUUGAAGAUGUGUAUAAUAAUGUGGUCUUCAUACUCAAGAACUGUAAAUUUUAAAACUAAAUAAUUGGUUAUUAUUGAGUUUUUGGAUUUAGAAUACACAGUGCUUUUAUACUUGUCUUUGUAUUUUAUAAACUCCCCUGUAAUGUUACAUUUCUACGUAUAGUCGAGGAAUUUUAUUUCCUACACAGCUUUUUGUAAAGUGUUCUCCUAUUUUAAAUCUUUUGAGAUAUUCUAAAUAUUAUUCCAAAUUAUUUUAUCAGUUAUACUUUUUAUAGCUUCUAUUAAAUGAUUGGUUUGUGACUAGUGUAAAUGUGGCUCUUUGUCAUUGUAAUGAUUAGAAACAUGAAAUGCAUAUUUUGUAUAAGAGGAUUGAAAAAUGUAGUUCUGUAUUCUGUCAUUGCAUCAGUGAGUUUUUAAUUCUGGAUGCAGGUUUUAAUCUGUUAUGAACUUUUCAAAGUGUAACACUGCUAGGGUCUUUCCUUGGGUCGGUCCAGUCCCAGUCUUUUGGUUUUUUGAGACAGGGUUUCCCAGUGUAGCUGUGGAGCCUGUCCUGGAACUUGCUCUUGUAGACCAGACUGGUCUCAUCUGCCUACGUCUGCCUCCCAAUCAAAAUCUUAAGGGAGUGUUAUCCUAACCACCUUGUUGUAAAUUUGGUAGGUGUUGCUGAGUUUCUUUAAAGGUUGCUAAACACCCUGUUUUCACUCAGGGUGAACAUUUUUGAAUAUUUUUGUCUCUGUCCAUACAUCCAGAAGAGGGUAUCAGAUCUCCUAGGGCUAGUUACAGACAUUUGUGAGUUUCUGCUCAGGUGCUACAAGUUGAGCUUAGGACUACUGGAAGAGCAGUCAGUGCUCUUAGGCACUGAGCCAUUUCUCAAGCCACUCCUACCCUUUGGACAUUGUAAAUUUAGUAUGGCAGUGUUUUUUAACAAGUCGUUGUGGGUUUGGGAAAGCAGUUUUAAGUGAAAUUCAGAAUGUUGACUUCAAACAUGAGUCAUGUAGUUUCCUUGUUUCCUGGAUAAGUCAGGACAGUUUGAGGAGAUGUUGUUAACUGACCAGUGGAAGUAGCUCAGUGCCCUAGGUUUGGUCCCUAGUAGCACACAAAAAGUAAGACUGUUACUGAAGCAACAUUCCCCAUGAGGUCUUUAGGGCCUUUUGAUUUUAAAGGUGAUGCCAUCCAUAUGUCAUAGAAUUUACCCAUGUGUCUUUAUGUGCAAUUCAGUAUGGUUAGUAUAUUCACAGAAUAUGUACAGUCAUUUCUAUAAUUUUAAAAUUGUGGAUGUGAACUGAAGACUCCUCAGUGUCUGGCAACCACGAAUUGGCUCUUAGUCUUGUGCUAUAGAUUUGUUCUGGUUAUUCCAGUAGCCUUGUGACUGGCGGCUUUUACUUAGCACAGUGUUGUCAAGGUUCAUCUGUGAUGUAAUGUGGACUGUCCUGUGCAGGUGUGCACUGGGGUUUGCUUUCCAUCAGCAGGGCUGGUAGGGUUUUUGUUUUCCUUUUGCUUCUAUAAGUAAUGCCACUGUGGGUGUCAGUGCACUAAGAGCUGUGAACUCUUGUUUCUCUUGGCUGUGCCUAAGAAGAGAGCUGUUUGGUCAUGGAGUAACUAAAUCUACUUUGUGAGGAACUGUCAAGCUUUCCCAAAGGAGCUGACCAUUUUGUUUCUGACUAAUUUAGAGUUACUAUUUUUCCAUCUUUAUUUGUUACUCCCUUUUCUUUUUAAAAUAGUAGUCUUAUGGCUGUGAAACAAUGUCUCAGUAAGGGUUUCAAUUGGCAUUUUUCUGAUUACCAAUGAUGUUAAACAACUUCUUGUGAGCUUGCCAUUUGUAUAUCUUCAGUGGUGAAACUUUUAUUUGUAUCUUUUGUCUACCUUUAAGUUCUAUUAUUUGAAUUCUUGAAGAAUCUCUGCUAAAUUUUA